UGCAUCCAGUUGGACACCUGAUGAGGUCCAUGGUCUCCUUGGUCACCAACCAGGAACUUCAGGGGCUGAGGUGAUACAUUCAGCUACUAUGCUGCUGGAGUCGACUCAACCGGAUUCCCCUGUAAAAGAGGAACCUUAUGAAAAAUCGGGAUACAGCUGGACGUCUCAGGAGGUCCAUGCAUUGUUAACACUCUGGGCUGAUGAGAGUGUUCAAGAGCAGCUUCUCGCCUAUAAAAACGAGCAUGUCUAUGCCACAUUUAGUUCAGAGCUCGCCGUCCUCGGAUUUAAGAAGACUUCAAGGCAGUGCAGAGACAAACUAAAGAAGCUGAGACAGGAAUAUAGAAUAAUCAAGUUUGACCAUAACAAGAGUGGUUCCAACCAUCAUAGGGAAAGAUGGUUUGCCAUCAUGGAUAGAGUCCUCUGUCACCAACCAAGUACUUUGGUGUCUGGGGUGAUAAAUUCAGAGGCAAAGCUUUUGGAGUCGCCUGAUUCCCAACAAGAAAUUGAAGAUUCUGAACAAUCUUCAUCCAGUUGGACACCUGAUGAGGUCCAUAGUCUCUUUGGUCACCAACCAGGAACUUCAGGGGCUGAGGUGAUACAUUCAGCUACUAUGCUGCUGGAGUCGACUCAAUCCGAUUCCCCGCAGGAAGUGGAAGAUUAUGAGGAAUCUGGAUACCGCUGGACUUUGCAGGAGGUUCACACAUUGUUAACACUCUGGGCAGAUGAGAGAGUUCAGAAGCAGCUUCUCUCUUAUAAAAAUGAGCACGUCUAUGCCAAAUUUAGUUCAGAGUUCGCUGCCCUCGGAUUUAACAGGACGUCGAAGCAAUGCAGAGAAAAGUUAAAAAAGCUGAAACAGGAAUACAGAAAACUCAAGGAUGACGACAACAUGAGUGGUUCCAUCUAUCUUGAAGAAAGCUGUUUUGCCAUCAUCGAUAGUGUCCUCACUCACCAAACAAAAACACAGGCUUAUUCUUUGCCAGGUGCAGAAGACUCUGGUCCCAGUUUAACUCUGUCCUCGCUGCGUCUCCUUGCUCCACCAUUACGCUUGAUGUCAGCAUUCAUGUGGCAAGUGGCUCAGCAGCAUAUUGUAAAGCAUUAUGGGAAGCUGGAGGAGUUUGUGACUUUGGUGACAGAGAUGGUUCCAGAGCUGCUGAGUUCUAGGCAGAGGACCCAACUCCUCCUGGGUCUGAGAGCAAGGCUGGUUCUGGAGUUAUGUCGCAAUGAGAGCACAGCUGACCUCGUGACCAUUCAGCCUCACCUGGACAAAAUCCAUUAUUUGACAGAAUACGCUGUACACAAAGAGAGUAAUGAUGAUGAGUUGGAGGCUACAGAGUCUAACUUUGUGGAGUUGGUCCAAACCCUGCUGGAAGACCCUUCUGAGAGGGAGCACUUCUUUCAGGAGGUGUUGCCAGUACACUACGGCCCUCGGUAUGACACAGCACUGCAGGUACUGGUAUGGGAGUUCCUCUCCAGACUGGAGGAGCUGCUACCUGUACCAGACUUCACACAGACAGCAGCAUGGCUCGGUGCUGCCGCCUCUGUCUUGGAGGAAUGUGGAAACACCAUCUUUGAUGCUGAAGAGCUGAAGACCCUUCUGCAGCACCAUCAGCAUCAAGGAAACCUGAAAAAGAGUUAUUUCUCUUACUACACUGCAGAUACCAUCCUGUCCACACUGUCCCUCCCUCCAACAAUAAGAGUUGUCAUUAGCUCUGAGCAGGUAGUCUCUGACAAAACAAGGUCAUGCUCGGAUGGAGAUGAAUGCUUCAAGAAUGGGACAGAGCGAGUAGGAGAUGGAGAAGAGAGAGAAGGACCAUCUAAUGGGGGCAGAGAGGAGGAGGAAGAAGAUAGGCAGACUGAAGAGAACUGGGAAAAUAAAGACUACAAUGAAAGAAAUGAAGAAAAAAUGUAUUUAGAGCAACAAGAACAGAUUAAUGUUUUACCUGCAGAGACCUCUGAUCCGUGUAUCCCAGUACCCAGCAACGGAUUGAAUAGUGACAUGUCAUCCCAGGUCCUCGCCUGCUCCCUCUGCCCAUUCUCUCACAGUGAUAUGGCAAAACUCCACCAGCACAUCAGGAUUAGGCAUCGAGGAGAGGACCGGAAGCUUCUACGCUCUAAAGAAUCUGGGACUGAUAAUUCCCAUCCUACACGCAGCACAAAACUACUUCACCAGCACAUCAGGACUAAGCACCAAGGAGAUGAACGGAAGCGUCAACACUCUGAAGAAUCUGGGACUGAAAACCUUCCCUCAAGCACAAACAAGAUCCCCUAUAGACCCAAUAACAUGACUCUAAGCUGCCCUCAUUGUGGGAAUGUUUACCAAAACCUCAACUCCCUGAAAAAACAUACAAGAAUUCACACAUUUCCAUUCUGUUGUAACCAGUGUGAGAGAAGAUUUUCUACCAGAUUAGGUCUGAAAAGACAUCAGCGAGCUCACACAGGGGAAAGACCAUUCAAAUGCUCUCACUGUGACCGGAGAUUCAUGUGUGCAUAUUCACUCAAAAUGCAUGUACGCACACACACUGGGGAGCGUCCCUACUCUUGCACCAUUUGUGGGAAGACAUCUGUCCAACAUCUAGCAAGACACAUGCGGAUGCAUGCAGGGGAGAAAAACUAUUUAUGUAGCAUCUGUGGUAAGGCAUUCCUUAGCUCAGGAGAACUGAGGCUGCACACACGAUCACACACAGGAGAAUGCCCCUACACCUGUGAACAUUGCGGAAGGGGUUUCAAAGCAGCAUGCCAUCUUCAGAUUCAUAUACGAAGAUUUCACACAGGGGAGCGUCCAUACCCCUGCACCCUGUGCACAAAACGUUUUGUCAUUCUCAGGGAACUUAAAAGACACAUGUUAAUUCACACAGGUGAGAAAGCUCACCAGUGCUCCAAGUGUGGAAAGAGUUUUUCUUUAAAGGAAACUCUGAAAACACAUCUUAAAAGUCAUGGAUUUUAAGAGUUCUAGACAGAUCAUAUUAGUUAUGCAUAAAGUAUUGUAGACCGUAUUACUUCUUUCCCCCCAGGUCCGGCGUUAUGGGCGGGCCUUAGGGGGCCUGGCCCGCCCUACCGUACCUCCUUUCCCGUCCAAAUACAAUAUUGAAAUAUUUAUCAUUUAUUUGACCAAGAUGCGCGCCGACAGAAAGACUCAUCAAUCUAAGUUAAAGCACCCGAGCGAGCGAAACAGUGCCCCUCUGUCUCAGUAUGUGUAGACCAUGUAUCUGAUGCUGUCUGGACCAAAAGGGUAUGGCAUGUCAUACUAUUUCUGGCAAGACAGCAUCAGAUACAUGGGCUAUAUAUAGAGGGGUGCUGUUUUGCUCACUCGUAUGCUAUCUCUGUGACAUAGUUUCAGCAGAGAGGAAAAGGCGAAGCGAGAGGGCUCACUCUCGCCAAAAUGUGUCCAGAAUAAGAGACAAUUUAUGCUUCAUCCGAAAAUGUGGUCGGCGGCGCUGUAUGGAUGGUGUGACGCGGAGGGCUUCGUAUAGCUCCGCAGUGACAUGAUUGGUUGACAGGUGAGGGCGGGAGGUCCUAUAUAAACAAA